GCUCUGUUCACGCCCCCGCCAGAAUUUCGCUUUGCCCCCCUUGCUUACCUCCCUACCUUCCUACCUUCCAUAAUGGCAACCCAAUGGGCGCGGAUAUACCGCUCGCCCGCGCGGUGGAGCCCGUGGGAAAAGAGUGUGGCUGCCGCUGUUGCCCUAUACUUCAUUUGGCCAUUGCUGACAACCCGGUCAAUUGCCAACAUUGUGGACUCUGUGGAGUCCUCGUCCCGCAGCACGCUCUCCUCGCUGGAUCUGGAAACACGCUUUGAUCGAAGUAUCAUAUUGUCGGAGAAGGAGCAAAAAGCGGAUGAAGUUCUGGCCAGAAUCCGUUCAACGGAGUCCCUCGCGUUCCAGGUCUCAGGCACGUUUCCCCCUCACCUGCGGUUCCCCGUCGCCAAGCCAUUGAUGGAGGAAUCCGAACUCUACACGCUGCUAAGGCAAAUGCCAAAAGGCGGGAUCUUACAUGGGCAUUUGGAGGCGAUGGUUGACAUGAAGUGGUUGAUAAACACCACGGUGGAAGGAGAGCACGGAAGCACCUGCUUCGUGAGAUAUGAGGAGAAAACGGUCCCAACAUUUGAUCAAGCGGUGGCAAGGAAAGAGAAGUUCGCUUUCUUCAAGUUCGCCAGUUCAUCCUCAGGGUUGCCCCCAGAUGAGGGAUGGGCAACAUGCAAAGAAGUUCGUGAUGCUUUUCCCGGUGGCGCCAACGCCUAUGACAGUCAUUUGGAGCUUCAAAAUAGUGUUAUUCGGGACAUAUUCAAGAACGACGAUGCUGCGUGGGCCCAAUUCCUCAUGUCGUUUGAGAUGCUAGGGUCCAUUCUCCGCUAUGACCCCAUGUUCGAAGCAUACAUAGGGCGACUGAUUCAGCAGUUCUAUGAAGACGGCAUACUUUAUGUCGAGAUCCGCAUGUUCAAAUGGGAAACGUACCUUGCAAACGGUGACACCAAGCCAUUCUCGGCUGUGCUGCGCAGCGUACGCCGAAUCGUCGCAAAGUUCAAGCAGACCCACCCCGACUUUCAGGAUUUAAGGUUUGUGUGGCAAGAGGUCCGAUCGCUGGACAAUAGCGUGAUUGCUGCAUCCAUAGGCGAAGCGAUUCAAUAUCGCAAAUCCCACCCUGAUCAAAUCGUCGCGCUCGAUUUGGUUGGACAUGAAGUGACUCGUUCGCUGGACGAAGUGCUUCAAACCCUCGUACAAGGCCAGCGCACCGCCAAACGGGCGGGCGUCUCACUUCCCCUUGUCCUGCAUGCCGGCGAGACUCAACGCUGUGGGCCCGCGCCAGAUGCGAAUCUUGUUGAUGCGUUGCUUCUCGGAACAAAACGCAUCGGGCACGGUAUUGCUUUGUCCCGACACCCCGGUCUCAUCAAGCGCGUCAUCGACCAGAAUAUAGCAGUCGAAGUCGCCCCGAUUAGCAACCAAAUGUUGGGCUACGUCAAGGAUUUGCGAGAGCAUCCAGUCAUUGACCUGCUACUAAGCGGUGUACAAGUGACGUUGGCUCCGGACGAUCCUAUGCUCUAUGGCUAUGAAGGUGUGACGCCGGACUACUACCAGGUGUACAUGGCAUUCGAGUCGCUUGAUCUUCGCUCAUUGAAGCAACUUUCCCUCAACGGAAUCACCUUCUCGGGCCUGACUCGUGCGGAGCAGCGAACGGCGAAAAUUGUGUGGGACCGGAGGUGGAAAGAUUGGGUUGACUUCGUGAUUGCUUCUGGCAAAUGACCUGUAUAUGUAGUCUCCCUAAUCUCUUGCGCGCUCGUAGGCUUGCGUUAUCGAGUUAUAGAUAUAGAUGCACACAUCCCAUAAUAGCUGGGAUCUGCGGUGACGCCCUGAACUUAGAUUAUAGAGCAUUGUAGAUGAUUGUGCAGAGUCCAUGCAUCCAUGCAUUUGCACGUACCUUCUUGAAGGAUUUGUCUAUCGCUGACUUGCAGAACCUGGG